AAAUCUGGCAGGUUUCAACUAAUAUGGCGGAAGUAACUUAGCUUACUUAUAUCAUCACACUAAAAUGAGCUAUUUCGAUAUUUUCAGAAUUUGGGCUGCUUAGAGUUCCUACAUUUUCAAUACUCUAUUGAAAAUUAUAAAGCACUCUAAAUAUGCCUUGCCUGACUUCACUGCCUCUGAGCCUGUCAGAGAUUUUGGAGGCUCGAGGGGGGCCUUUACAGGAGUUAGAAAUCUGGGCUCUUCUUUGUCAGUGUGCAGAAGCUCUACAAGACUUGAUAAUAAAAGGAGAUGUUUUUGAAGAUGAAGCUUUUCGUCACAUGGUCACUCCAAACAGUUUGUUGAUUCGCAACAAUGGAACGAUCUUACUGUCAGAAGUGGUUCAAAAUCUUCAAGGCUCCCUCUACAUGGCACCUGAGUUUGACUUAAACACAUACCAUAAAUUGUCAGAUACAGCUUUCGAGAAGAUGUUUGUUUACUCAGUUGGCAGAACUCUUCAAGUUGCUUCUGAGUUUGGCCUUAAGGAAAAUGAGGUUCUGAGCAUAAGCUAUGACCUCAAUUCACUUUUGCAAGCCAUGAGUGCUAGGAAUGCAGCUGUGAGACUUAGUUUGAUGCACAUUCUGGAGGCAUGUGCACUACAGUCUAGCCAGCAUCCACACAAGCCCCCUCACAUGUACACAUUGUCCAGGCUCUACAGAUCAGUGCUGGGAAGUGAUCAUAGGUUGUCUUCCCAUGACCUAAGCUUUGAAAGCAACACUAGCUAUGGACAGACUUUCGGGACCCGGACAGGUAGAGUGCGUAGACCUCGCCCUCAUGUCCGGCACCGCCAUGAGAAUCAAAGAUCCUGGUCUAGGUCGAGAUCCAGAUCUCGUUCUCGCUCUCCUAGCAGAGAAAGAGACGAUUCCGGCAUUUUAACUGGCAGCUAUCAGAAAUCUGAUGUUCACCCUGCAGCUGUUAGUCCACACAGUGAGCAUGGUCUGACCUCAUUACUGAACACCUCAAUGACAUCAACCACUAGUGAUCAUUCAGAAUACGCUGCCAGAUUGCUGCAGUUACCUUCAUACACAGCAGCUCACUCUGUGCAAGGCUUGCUGGGAUUGAGACAAGGGAAUCCCGCUUACCAAAAAUACAUUCAGUUGAAAGAACGCCAGAUAAGACUGCGGCAAGCAAGAAGUGGUAAAAAUCCUUCUGUGUUGGAUGGUGUACGCAGCCGUCUGAUGACACCUCUUAUGUCUCAUGAAAAUAUGACAGAAACCUUGUCCAUGGCAUCUUUGAUGUCUUAUACACUUGGUAGCUACAAGCCUGGCCUACUUUCUCAGUUUGGCUCUCAUACUGCAUUCAAUACAAGUAAGGACACAGAAACAGAUACAGGCAGUCAUAUGUCACUCUUUAACUCUGGGGAUUUGGGAAACAUGAUGAGAGCUGAUGAGACUCCUGCAGUAUCUGUAAGCAUCGAUCCUGGUUGGCUGAAAGCUGAACAAAAGCAACAGACUGCUGACCGUCAGGCUUCUCCUCCCAUACCUCAGCUUCCAUCUCAUCCACAGGAGGACAGCUCACUGUCGGAUAAACAGCCAUCAGCAGCAACCAAAUCACCUACAGAGUUUGUCCCAGCUCAAAAACCUAAAGAUUACAAUGGACCAGAAUACUUUCAUAAUGAGAAAAAGCCUGCUAUAAAAAUCAUUUUACCACACCAAGCAGAGGGCAGUCGACAUGCAACAGUGGCUCGAAGAGUUAUUUUAGUUCAUCUGACUGGCCAGAAGUUUGAAGUGCUACUAGACCCCAGUACCACAGGGAGACAACUUUUUGAUGCAAUUAUUCCAAAUCUGGACUUGGAUGAUUUUUACUUUUUUGGAUUCACUUACAUUUCUGAAGGUGAACAUAUUUUUCUGGAUGCUGAGACCAAACUACAUAAAGUUGCUCCUGAUGGAUGGAAAGAAGGACCUAAAAAUCUGGUCCUUCCAUCAACAUUUAAUUUAUAUGUCAGAGUCAAGUUUUAUCCAGAUUCCUUGACAGAUUUUCGUCAUACUAGCAGUUACCAUCUCCUGUACCUACAGCUGCGGAGGGAUGUUGUGGAGGAUAGGGUGUCCUGCAGCUCUGAUGUCCUGGCUAAGUUGGCUGGCCUGGCUCUCCAGGUGGAGUUUGGUAACUAUAUUGAGGCUGAGAUGGGGCAGGGCUACUUCAUGCUGGAGCACUACUUCCCAUUCAUUGCUGUCAAACGUUUUGGGGAAAAUUUCCUGUACAGGAAUGCAGUAAUUGAGCACAAGAAUUGUAAAGGGAUAGCAGAGUCACAAGCAGAGAUUGAAUACAUUAAGCAUGUUCGUCACCUCCCAGAAUAUGGUGUCCAUUUCUACAGAUUGUUUAAGAGUAAAUCAAAUACUGACAGCUUCAUAUGGGUUGGACUGUCACAGCAUAGUCUUAUCAUAGCUGAGCCUGAAGCAUCAGGGCGUAGCAUCAUACAAGAUCAUCCCUGGGGAACCAUUUUGAAAAUUUCCUUUAAUAAAAGAAGAUUCAGCAUUCAGCCAAAGGUGGAAGUUGUGAAAGGGAAACCACCAAAGAUCAAUUUUUAUACCAACUCCUUUAAAAAGGGGCGUUACUUGCUUCAGUUUUCAACUGAACAACAUAGGUUUCAGCUUCGAAUGAGAACCAGGCCCAGUAAUAUGGAGACACUGGCAGGAGAUAUGGCAGUAGAGCUGAGUGGUCCUCACACUGUAGACACUGGGGUGGGUGAUGAUGUUGUCCAGGAAGAGGUCAUCAACUUUGUUUCACCUCCGGCCUAUGUAGAGCCCAGCCUGCAGCCUUUGCCUGAAGAUGAUUGGGAUGAUGAUGGUGAUGUAAUGGACAGGACUUUAGCUAACCUUGGCCACCCACUACAAUACAGGAGCCCACCUCCAUACCAAGCUCCCCGCAUGGCUCAGGUUCUUGGUGGCCCGUUUUUCUACUCUGACAUCCAGGCUUAUUCUUUGCAUGGUUCCUUAGACGACAUAUCACUGCCGUCAUUUGAUGAGCAUCAGUUACAGCUGCUGUUAGACAUGACUUCCAAGUCACCCGACUUGGAUUUUGUGCCAGUCAUUGACAAGCUAUUAAAUAAAGAUCCUGCUCCUCCUUACCCCACUCCUGCAGACAAAUGGAAACAAGAUCUAACACUUUCAGGCCGUCAGAUCUUUGAGGUAACCCUUGAGAAAGAGGAACAGCAUGGUAUAGGUCUCACAAUUGUAGGAGGAGAAACUACCAAUAGCCUCGACCUGGGUAUUUUUGUCAAGUCUAUUGUUCCAGGGGGCCCAGCUGCACGGGAUGGAAGAAUCAUGGCAGGGGAUCGUCUGAUUGCCAUUGGGGGCACCAGCUUGGAAGGGAAGCAGCACCACGAGGCAGUGGAAUUGAUUAGAACAGGUGGCCCCAAGGUCACCCUUCUAAUCUCUCAAAUAAGGCCCCCUGGAACUAUAAAGAAACGGAAUGCCUACGAGUGUGAGGAGCAGGAGAAUGGGGAGCAGAUGAAGAAUGCAAAGAGAAACUUAGACAGUAAACUUUCAUUAGACAGCUGUGAAGAUGAGAAUUGGCUGUUUGAUAGUUUCUUGACUAAACAGGAGAGCUACACAAGUGAUACUGAAUACAACUCCGAUAAGGAUAAAUUACAAUUAGGUUCCAUCUAUGCUGAACAUCUCAAUGGAAAAACAAGCCAACUUAACUUAAAACAUGUUCUUGAAGAUAAUUAUUUUUCUGACAAUGGCCAUGGAAUUUCUAGCAAUGCUUCUGGGCAACAGUUCAAAGUGUCAGAACAGUGGUUGUUGUCACAGCAAAAUGGAAGAAAUUCUGACAGCAUUAGGAUAUCAGAGAAAAACAUACCUGCGGGUGAAAAGUUUGGCACAGAUUUAGUGUUAAAUCUACGAGAGGAUGAAGAGCUGAGCUACAAACUCAACAGCUAUGAUGUCUACAGUGGCCAUUACCCUAGACAAGACCAAGAUGACCUUCAGAUACUUAGAGAUCUUGCUGCACUUGAAGCUAAUGACUCUUCAAGUGACAGUGAUUUUGAUACAGCAGUCCAACAGACAAUUGAGGGACCUUUGAAGACAGUUCUAGUCAGUAAAAACUUUGUCAAAACUUCUAGUCCAGGAAGAACAAAUGCAAAAUCAAAUCAUGAUGUGGGAGUCAUUCAUGAAGUAGUUCUGGAUAAAUCAGAUGGAAGCCUGGGUAUACUUGUUCAUUCUAAACCAGAUUCAGAAGAUGGAAGUGCUGGCAUUUACAUUCUGAAGAUUCUUAGUGGCAGUUGUGCAGACAAAAAUGGUGUCUUGGCAGCUGGUGAUAAAAUACUGGUGGUGGCUGGUACUCGUGUGGAAGGUCUUUCAUUUCACCAAGUACAAAACAUGUUGAACAACUCUCCAGGCAGGCUUGUGCUAAAAGUGCUGCAUCCAACACAGACAGUUACUGACAACAAUGGCAUCAGCUCAAGACUGGACAAGCAGACUGACCUUGAUGAAAAGUUCACCUAUUUUAAAAACCCAGAUUCACUCCAGAAACAUCAGCAUUACUUGCAGCAGCAGCAGGUUUUUGAGCCUAUUGACAGGGCUCCUGCCUCAGACAAAGUCAUCCCCAAGGUACCUAAAGCUGCCAGGGAGAAGAAGAAAGGCACAGCGCUUCCAGUGCCUGCUUUAUUUCUGGGAGAGUCUGAAUCCAAUACCCAGAGUGAUGUGGACUCGGAUGUCUUGGAUAGCUCCAGGUCAGAGCUGGAGUUUAUUUACAAGUCUGCAGAGCUGAAUGAGCAGGAAAAACCUAGAGCUCAGCCGGCAUUGGCAGAUAGCAAUACAGUUCAUCGCAAGACACCUGAAAAUGUCCUGGACGGAAACCCUGAUGACUCUGUGCAAUACAAUGACAGGGAGGAUUUCAAUGCUCAGCUACUGGCCUUGACCUCAGCGUUGGAUGAACGUUUGGCUGCGGAGGUCAGCUCAUUGAGCACUGUAACUAUGUCUGAUGACUUGGAUGACUCAGUCUUGAAAAAAGUAGCUCCAAAAGGAAGGAGAAAAUCACUCCUAAGACAAAACAAAUUUGAUGAUCCCAAUGCUGUUGACCUUCAGCAGUCUUUAUCCUCACCAGUCAGUGAUGAGAGUCAGUUGGAUUUCUCUGAUCUAAAUGCAGAAGAAAAUUUGGGCCCAGAGAUCAUAGAAGUUGUGUUACAAAAGAAGCAGGGUGUUGGGUUCGGCUUCACAGUGGCAGGAGGGGUCAACACUGGUGGAUGUUACAUCAAACAGCUAGUCUCUGAACCUGCUGUUUCUGAUGGUCGACUCAGGCCUGGAGAUAAAAUAUUGAAAGUCAAUGGCCAGGAUACAAUAAGCAUGGGUCAUGUAGAAGCUGUAACGUUGCUGAGGAAUGUUCCUCUGGAAGCAAGGCUUCAGUUAUUGCGGUUCCCAUCGUCUUUUGAGAUUCUAGAAAGAAAAAACCUGAGGCUCUCACAUAGGAUCUUUGACAAUCCAGUGGCCAAAGUCCAGUCUUUUCCUCUGUCUGAAGUGAAGAAGUCUGUCAAAGAGUUAAUUAAGUCAAUGGACACACCCAAGGCCAUUAUCAGACCAUAUGACUAUAAACUGAACAAGUCUCAGAUGCAAGAGCAUGAUUCACCAGUAGCUUCAGAGGAGAGGAACUCUGAUGAGGAACCUGAGAGCAAUGAUAGAGAAGCUGUUAACAAUGAUAGAGAAUCUGAUAGUUUUGUUGGAGGCACACAGCGACAGGUACUGGUGAUAGAUCUCAUCAAGCCUAUUGAAAACCCUUCAAACAGUUUAGGCAUCAGUAUUGUUCACAAAACAAUUGAUGGUCAGUGUGGCAUAUUUGUGAAGAGUGUGAAGGAUGCUGGAACAGCUGCUAGAGAUGGGAGACUGAAAGCUGGAGAUCAGAUUCUUGAGGUGAAUGGUAUUUCAUUUCAUGAAUCCAGUCAGAAGCAAGCGCUCUCAGUGUUGAGAGAAGCAAAAGACAAAGUGGUUCUAUCUGUAUUAAGACGAGAGAGUGACCUUCAUGAAUUUGAGCUGAGUGAUGAAGAAGCCACUGUCAAUAAAGAGGACAAAGAUGAUGAUAUUAGCCUCCUUGCCGAGGAUGCCCUUAGCUUAAUAGAGAGAAACAAAGACAGUGCCCUGAAUCAGUUGAAGAAUGCAAAGCAAACCAUAGUCACAAUAGAGGACAAAGCAAUUAGUUCUGAAAGAGAUCGAUAUAUCUGUCCACGUAAGCUGAGUAAUGUUUACCUUCCCGUGCUGUUGAGUGCUGAAUGGUUGAGUGAUCUCCCCCCAAUGACUGCCCCACCCCAGUGGAACAAGGAAACUCUGGCUGAGCUAUUUGAAACUUUAUCUGACAUGGUUGAGAGUGGUGAGCCAGUGGAAGAGUUUAAGAGUCUUCAUCAAAUGAAAGAUGCUGGCACUUAUGAAGUGGCAAAGCUAGAAGAGAAUAGAAUCAAGAACAGAUACAGAAAUGUUUUACCAUAUGACUCGAAUCGGGUGAAACUAUUGAAUCGUGAAAACAAUUACAUCAAUGCCAGCCACAUAAGUAUGGAAGUAGGUGACAGCACUCUGAGGUACAUUGUCUCCCAGGGCCCAGUGCCGGCUUCAGUCUCAGACUUCUGGCGCAUGCUGUGGCAGGAGAAAAUCAAUGUGGUGGUGAUGCUCACCCAGCUGGUGGAAAAUGGCAAAGUGAAGUGCCACAGCUACUGGCCGCAAUCAAAAGAUGACACCCUAGAUGUUGAUGAAGGAGCCCUCAGAGUGAAACUAACUCGGUCCUACAAUGUUGAUGGACUCUGUGUAAGGCAGAUGACUAUAGAAGAACCAGAUGCCAACUAUGGAAGGGAGAUCACUCUUUUGCAGUAUUGUGAUUGGCCAGACAAUGGGGUACCUGACACAGCUCUUCCCCUUAUGCAACUCCUUCAGUUGAUUCACCUGUUGGAACAAGGCUCACCCCCAGUCAUCCAUUGCAGUGCAGGGAUUGGUCGGACAGGUACACUCAUAGCUAUGGAUGUUGCACUGGCCACUAUUGAACAAGCUCUUAAGUUGGACAUGUUUGAUAUAGUUCAUCAAUUGAGAAAACAAAGACAUGGGAUGAUCCAAACAACAGAACAGUAUAUCUUCUACUAUGGAGCUUGCAUGGAGGCCCUGUUGAGUCUAGACCUUGAGAAAAAGGAAGGAAUUAAUUUCAAAGAAUAGAUCUGUUUUUUUCUAUACAUGACAACUUUUGUUGACAAUUUUUUUUGUUUUACAACAUAUGCAUUUAACAUACCGGUAACUGAAUUUCAAACUAGUGUUUAUAUUAUAAAUACAAUUUAAUAUGGCAGGUUCCAUUGAGAUGUUCAGUCCUAGACACUGAGUACUCACAAACUUGUGUAAAUAGUUCUUUGUCUAGCUGUUUUAAUUUUAUGUGGGUUUUUUUCACAUAAUCUGAAAAAAAAAAAAAAAGUGAUUUCCUUUUAUGGCAUCUGGUUGUGAUAAAUUGUGACCUAUUUAUACUUUCUUUUUUUUUUUUUUUUUUUCUCUCAACUCUUCUCGUCCUCUUGAUGUAUGGGAGACACUAGAUUGAUGUUUGUGCAAUUACUCUCUCCGUCCACCAUUUAGCAUUAUAUUUGUUUAAAAGAAGAAAAAAAAAAGUUGAACAUUUGUCAUUUCAUUCAUUUGUGAGCUCAUCUACUACAAAACUUGUCAAGCAUUGGAGAAUAAUCUGAUGGGAUUUUGACUUCAGAUGUUGUUACCACCUCAGAUCCUAGGUGGCUACUUUAGUAUGAAAAAAAGGCCACACAAAUCCCUUGGCUGAAAGUAGUUCCACUCUACUUGCCUCUGUAAAUUGUUUCUUUUGUUGUAACAGAAUAAUGUAACCAAUUAUACAACUUGAAUGGCGAUGUAGAAUAUAUACAACUUUGUAUGCAAAUAUUUUGUGUGCAAUAUUACUUCAUAUAUAUUUCCUGUACUCAUAUUUUAACUCCUACAACACUGUUUAUUCAAUUUUUUAUGGCCCCCUGCACUUGACUUUUGUACAUCUCUAAAUGUCAGGAAGAAGCUGCUUUCUCCAGACAAUGCUCAAGUUGUCAAGCAGCUGUUAACCUGCAUUAUAAACUUUUUUAAAGUGUAAAUUUACCUGCAUUGUUGAUUGACUACCUGGUCAAUUGUGCAGUGAAAGACAAAUGGCUGCAUGUGAUAUCUAAACUUUAUGAGCCAGUUUGGUUUUUCUCUGGGCUUUCUCAAUGUUCAAUUUAAAAAAACAACUAGUCAUGCAUCCAAAAGAUAAGCUAAUUUUUUUUUAACUGUCCCUUUGUGGGUGAACCAAAUCCUUUUACCAGAUAAAGUACAUGCAAGUCUGUGUGGACAAAUUGCAAUGAAUCUCAUGCAAAAUAACAAACUAUGCAACUUAGCAUGUAUUAUUAGUAAUUUUUUAUAAAAAGAUGGCUUUAACUUUUAUAUCCUAAGAACUAAAUGGAACUAGAUUACAUUAUUAUCUGGGUCCAAUGUUAUCCCAAAGAUAUGCAACAUGUAUAAUGUCUUCAGCACUGUAACUAUUCUCCUUCUUGUUCACUUAAGGUGUUAACCUAUUAUAGUCAAGUAUGUUUAUGUCAAUCCUUAGCAUCUAUAUAUACACAUUCCCAAACUAUAUUACUUUCGCAUGUCACUCUAGAGGUCACAUGAACAGAUCCUGUUGGGAUCAGGAAUUAGAAAUAUGUGAUUGACAAAUAAAAUAAGAAACAAAAUCUUUCAAAAAAUGUGUUGCUUUAUUCAUUUAAAAAAAAAAUUAUACAUUUUCCCAUCACAGACAAAUAUGACAAUUUUAUUACCGAUUAAAAAAAAAAUAUGCUUCAAUAAAUAUUGCUUAUUUUGCACAUAUGGAUUUUAUGGUACACAUCAGCUAAAACAAGACAUGAACCUGCUGCCUGGCCACAAGAGAAAAGAAUCAAAAAAAAAAAGGUUGUGUUCUCAGAGCUUCAAUUAGAAUUGACUUAUCUUUCACCAAAUAAUAUCAUCUAAUGAUUGAUCAAACUGAUCUAUUAAUAACAUACUUCCAAAUACAGUUUCUACUGCAACUAGGGGAAAAGAUUGCUUCACUGAAACCUAAUUUCAAUAAAACUAAAAAAAAACAAACUUUUAACUCGAGAAAGAACAAAAAAUAAACACCAAUGCUAUGUAGUGUUCAAUGUGGUGCCCUUUAAUUAUGUUUAUGAAUUGCACUAAAAAUGUGUGACAAACAAACUCAUGACAAAACAGACAUUCUCAGCUUACAAAAUGAAUGACAUCCGUGAGAUUUAAUCACAACCAUUUGACACUCAGACCUGCUCUUAGUACAUACUAGACAUACAACAAAGUGGAGAUAACAAGGUGAAUACUUUGAGUUAAUCCAUCUGGAAAUUUCAGGAUCUAUACACAAAUCAACAACAACUGAGUUAUCCAUGGAGCCUUGAACAAAUCAAAUUUCUGUCUCACUUAUCUUAUAUAAUACAGACGUUACUUCAAAAAAAGAAGAUUACGUC